GUUUUGUCUCUGAACUGUGAAUUCUGAGGCCGGCCGGCCACCUCAGUAGGAGUGUUGAAGGAGGACAGACGUGUCCUGAACCUUCACACCCCAGCCCCGAGGGACGCCUCGGUGGUGUUUGUAGGGGAGAACUGACAAGUUCGUCAGACUCCCCAAAUCCGUAGGCAGGCCUCCCCUGCCAUCUGAAUCUGAAUACUGGCCGCGGCUCCUUGGUUGUUGUCUAGUCUGUGUUGUCUGGUCUGUGUCGACAUUGUAGUCAUCUUUGUGUAUGUGUGUGUAAGUGUGCUGGUGUGGACGCGUGGACAGGACAGGACGACACAGCCAUGGGACAGACAUUGACUACUCCUCUAACUUUGACUCUGACUCAUUUCUCGGACGUCCAAGCAAGAGCUCACAAUCUUUCCCUUGAGGUUCGGAAAGGUCGAUGGCGAACUUAUUGUUCAUCAGAGUGGCCCACCCUAUCCGUAGGGUGGCCCUGGGACGGGACUUUUGACCUCUCUAUUAUAUUACAGGUUAAGACGAAGGUAAUGGAUCCCGGACCACAAGGUCAUCCAGAUCAAGUAGCCUAUAUCCUCACUUGGGAGGAUCUCAUUCGGAAUCCUCCGGCAUGGGUGAAACCCUUCCUCCCUUCCUGCCCCCUAUCUCAAUCUACCCUUCUUCCCCUGAAAACCUCAAAAGACCGUGCCUCAACCCAAGCUUCAGACCCGCCCAAACCAGUUCUUCCUGAUGAGUCCCAAAAGGACCCUCUUCUCCUAGACGCUUUGUCCUCGCCGCCCCACAACCCCCUCUUACAGCCUCCACCCUAUAAUCCGCCCCUGGCCCCCGCCUUGACCCCGGUGGCCCCUACUUCCCCUCCUGCCUCCAGUUCCUCCUCCCCCUCCCCAAUUUCUUCCCCCGCCUCCGUCUCCGGCGAUCAGACGACCCGAACGGCCCUCCCACUUGGCAAUCUUCCCUGUUUCCUCUCCGGACUGUCAACCGGACUAUCCAGUAUUGGCCAUUUUCUGCAUCUGAUCUUUACAAUUGGAAAACUCAUAACCCUUCCUUUUCCCAAGAACCCCAGGCCCUAACCUCACUGAUAGAAUCUAUCCUCCUCACACACCAGCCCACCUGGGACGACUGCCAGCAGCUCCUACAGGUCCUUUUGACUACAGAGGAAAGGCAACAAGUUCUCCUGGAGGCUUUCCAACCCAGCUCCCCAACGAAAUAGAUGAGGGGUUUCCCCUCACCCGCCCGGACUGGGACUAUGAAACGGCUCCAGGUAGGAGACUCCGUGUACGUCCGGCGGCACCGCUCUCAAGGAUUGGAGCCUCGUUGGAAGGGACCUUACAUCGUCCUGCUGACCACGCCCACCGCCAUAAAGGUUGACGGGAUUGCCGCCUGGAUUCACGCAUCGCACUCCAAAGCAGCCCCAAAAACCCCUGGACCAGAAACUCCCAAAACCUGGAAGCUCCACCGUUCGGAGAACCCUCUUAAGAUAAGACUCUCCCGUGUCUGACUGCUAAUCCACCCUGUCCCUGCACGAACCCAAAAUGAAACCCCCAGCGGGAAUGGUCUUUCUGUGGGUCCUCACAAGCUUGGGGGCGGGAAUUGGAGCUAAAAUUGUCAAAGAGGGGAACCCACAUCAGGUUUACACCUUGACUUGGCAAAUCUACUCCCAGAGUGGGGAAGUUGUCUGGGAGGUCCAAGGUAACCAUGCGCUUAACACUUGGUGGCCCCCACUUACCCCUGAUUUUUGCCAGGUGGCAGCUGGACUAGACACUUGGGAUAUCCCCCUGGUUUACCACUUUAGUCUCCUCCCUCAUGGGCCCCUUAAUACUCCUACUAUUAAUACUGAUGUUCGGACCCUGCAUCCUUAACCGCUUGGUACAGUUCAUAAGAGAAAGACUCUCUGUCAUCCAGGCCUUGGUUCUAACCCAACAGUACCACCAACUAAGACAAUUUGACGCAGAAAGGCCAGAUACAAUUGAAUGAAAGGUUUCAUUCGAUGCCAAAAGAAAAUGGGGGAAUGAGAGACCCCUGGUCUAGCUUACUAAAACACCCCACCCUACCUUCAACUUUGUAAACGCCUCACUCGCAGAGCCUGUACUCCCACUAGUUAACAAACAGGAUUUCUGCGGUUAGACAUCUGGACACCGGGGGAGCUGUACAGGCUGCUACAUAGAUAACCGCUUUCCUCUCGCUUCUGUAAUCUUGCUUACGCGCCCAACCAUAGUAAUCUUGCUUACGCGCCCAACCCUAACCGAAAGGUCCCUAGCCGCUUCGCAGCCCGGGCUCCAAGUUGCAUCAGCCAAAAGAAACUUCAUUUCCCAAGCUUCCCCGGGACGAAACUACCCACAACCCUAACCAUCACCGAGCAGAGAGCCUACCACCAGCCUGUAUGCAAAUAAGACUCAAAAUAGCAUAAAAGACCUGUGACCCCGUUUAUCGGGGCUCUCCCGCUUUCUAACACUGGGGAGCCCUGGUGCACCAGUAAAGACUCUCUGCCGA